AUGGGGGAUGCCGCCGGUGAAUGGACGUUGGUCACCCACAGGAAGAGGCGCUGCUCCGUCCCUCUACCAGUCCCAACUGCCAGCCCCGAGCCAGACCAGGAAUAUGUGAUGUCAGCCCUGCAAAUUCUGGUGGAGCAGAUGUCUCGCCUGACACGGGAUGUGGACGACCUAAAGACCCGGGAGGUAGGGCUAUGGGUGCCUGAGCUGCAGGGUUAUGCCUCCCACACCUUCAGUUGUGGUGACGGCAGUAGUCAGGGGAUGGCUACUUACAUUAGACGUGGGAUUCCGGUUACUUUCAGGGAAAUGGGGAUCACCGAGGGUAUUGAAUUUAUUACUGUUUGCUUGCACUCCUUGGGUGAAGUUAUUUACUUUGUAAACAUGUACAUUCAUGCUGGUGCCUUAAAUGUUGAAAAUUUUCCUGAUUAUGUUCUUGAGGAACAGACUGUUAUCAUGGGUGACCUUAAUGCCAGGCAUAAGGAAUUAGGAAGCCAUCUCACCACCAAUGCUAAUGGUGUGCGCUGGAAGGCUUUCCUUGACACCACAGAUAUAGUAGUGCUCUUUGGGGGACAUGCACCCACACAUGUACAAGGAGGCAGACUUAACUAUGUAGCUCUUAUCAAUAUGCCAACAUAUACUGCCGAAACCCUUCUUGUCAGGUCUUUGCUGAGUGACCACUUCGCCCUGGAGACGAUCUUCCCGGUGCAGUCCGGCCCAGCAGUGCCCAGGAAGCGCCUGACGGUGCCUUGUUGUCCAUGUGAUGGCUCCUUUGCCGACGCAGAGGCACUGUACGACGGACUGCUACUCACCAUCAGGGGAUUCAUCACGACUCCAAGGGCUCUGGCAAGGAUCCACACUCCACGCCGCUGGACUUACACUACCAAUCCUGUGAUCCUGAACUGCCAACAGAUGCUCACUGCCUAUCAAAGACAUUGGCAGCUUAACCCAGCAGACACAGAGUCACGGGAUGCUAUGGUUACUGUGGCUCGACACCUCACUGAUCUGAGGCAGCAGGAAAGAAAGAAGUACUGGGUCUCCUUCCUGGGCCAGAUGCGCAGGACCCGGUCCCUCCAAAAGGUGUGGCACCAUGUUAACAGUGUCCGGGGCAAGCCCAGGCAGCAGGUGUGUGACCCUGAUCCUGCCAGCAGGGCACGAGAGCUCGUUGUGCAGAGGAAGGAAGCCUCGUCCUUCUCUGGCUUUCCUGUGGAACACCAGGAGGCACUUGACCGGCAAAGACCACAAAGGAUGGAGUUGAUUCGCCACAGUGUUUCUCUGCCAGAUGACACCAGUGUGCCUAUCACACAUGAUGAACUUCUCUCAGCAGUUAAAUUGGGCCAUCCUGGUAAGGAUGGCAUCGCCUAUGACAUCCUCAAUGCCCUCCUGGAAGUAACGGUAGACAACCCUGUCUUAGACCUACUUAACAUGUAUCUCACUGCAGGCAAACUUCCGCACUCCUGGAAAACAGCCAUUACCAUCCUAGCCCCCAAAGGUGAUGGCACCUUUCGCCCCAUUUCUCACAGCACCUGUCUGUGUAAGAUGAUGGAAUGGGUAAUAUUGAACAGGCUUGUAUAUAAGGUGGGCCAUGUACUCUCUGGCAAUGUACAUGGUUUCCUAAAAGGUCAUUCCACAAGUCAUUGUUUUGUUGAGUGCCUUAUAAAUAAGGAUGCUACCUGCAGAGCUUUCGUUGAUCUCAAGGGUGCCUGCGACAGGGCCAACAAAGAUGUUAUUAUGGAGGAACUCAUUCUCAAAGGUGUCAGAGGUAGAUUAUUAGGAUGGAUCAGGGACUAUUUGUACAAUAGAACAGCACAGGUUUGGUUUCAAGGUGCAGUCUCCUCUGAGGAAGUCUUUGAGCUUGGAACACUACAGGGUGGAGUCCUUAGUCCAAUGCUAUGCAACGUUUUAAUGGACAAAAUUGCUCAUUGUUCCUUCCCACAGGGCACCCAGGUCCUCAUCUAUGCUGAUGACAUACUCCUCCAAUGCCCCACACUCAGGACUCAGGGAUAUACUCAAGGAAUAUCCUACGUUUGCUCCCAGACUGUAUAG